CGCUCGGGGUUUAGAUCGCUGCGAGUGCUCGAAGUUAACGGAUGGUGCAUCAGCGUUGGCAUCAAAAUUUCGACUUCAUCUCGUGAUAUUCAUAUUUCUUCUACACACAUAUAUUUUUGCAUUCGCACUGUAAUCUGCAAUGUGGCGUUCGUCUCAAUUGCGCGCAACAAUCGCGCCCGCCUUCGCCCGUCAUCGUCAUCAUGGACGUGUGAUUGCCAUCAGGCGAGAGGAUCAAUCGGUGUGGGAGCGACGUGCUCCCUUUGGACCCACGCAUGUGCAAAAGUUGGUCAAGCAAGGUGUCAAGGUUAUCGUUCAGCCUUCGAAUAGACGCGCUUAUCCCAUGCAGGCAUAUAUGCAAGCUGGUGCUCAGAUCCAGGAGGACAUCAGCGAUGCUUCCGUUAUCUUUGGCGUCAAACAGGUGCCCAUCGAUGCUCUCAUUCCAGGUAAAACCUAUUGCUUCUUCUCGCACACGAUCAAGGCACAAGAAUCCAACAUGCCGCUGCUGGAUGCCAUUCUCGAAAAGAAAAUUCGUCUAAUCGACUAUGAACGUAUUAUUGAUGAGCGCGGUGCACGUUUGGUGGCCUUUGGCAAAUACGCUGGCGUCGCUGGCAUGGUGAAUAUUCUGCAUGGCAUCGGUCUUCGUUUGUUGGCGUUGGGACAUCACACACCUUUCAUGCACAUUGGCCCAGCGCACAAUUAUCGCAACUCGUCGAUGGCUCGACAGGCGAUACGUGACUGUGGCUAUGAGAUUUCGUUGGGCAUGAUGCCCAAAUCAAUUGGUCCUUUGACAUUUGUGUUCACCGGUUCGGGCAAUGUGUCGCAGGGUGCACAGGAAGUGUUCUCCGAGCUGCCCAUCGAAUAUGUGCCGCCUGAAAUGCUGCGCAAGGUGGCAGAGCAUGGCAGUCAAAAUAAGUUGUACGGCUGUGAAGUCAGUCGUUCGGAUCAUUUGGAACGUCGCGAGGGCGGCGGUUUCGAUGCCAAGGAGUACGAUGAGUUUCCUGAACGUUAUAUAUCCACAUUCAAUCAGAAGAUUGCUCCCUACGCCUCCGUUAUUGUCAAUGGCAUCUAUUGGGCUGUCGGCAGUCCCAAAUUGAUCAGUAUUCCGGAUGCCAAGAAUCUGCUGCGUCCAGCCAACACUCCUUGGCUGCCCACCAGCAAAGGAAGUCCCGCUUUGCCACAUCGCAUGCUCGCCAUUUGCGAUAUUUCCGCUGAUCCUGGCGGUUCCAUUGAGUUCAUGAACGAAUGCACCACAAUCGAUACACCAUUCUGUCUGUACGAUGCUGAUCGCAAUAAGGACACCAAGAGCUUCAAGGGUCCGGGUGUGCUGGUCUGCUCUAUUGAUAAUAUGCCAACUCAGUUGCCGCGUGAGUCCACAGAUUUGUUUGGUGAACUGCUGUCGCCACAUGUGCACGACAUCAUCAAGAGCGAUGCCAAGAAGCGGCUACAGGAUGAACAGUUCUCCUAUCCCAUACAGUCGGCAAUUAUCGCAAGCAAUGGUGAGCUGACCGAGGGUUUCCAGUACAUUCAAGAGCUGCGCGACUCGCAGAACAAUCGCUCGCGCCACAAGAUGGAGGGACGCUCCGAGUCCCACAAGAAGGUCCUGGUGCUGGGCGCUGGCAUGGUCUCGGCGCCCCUCGUCGAGUGGCUGCAUCGCGAGAAGGAUGUCAACAUCACGGUGUGCUCUCAGGUCAAGGAGGAGGCAGAUCGUUUGGCUCAGCAAUAUGCGGGUGUUGAUAGCGUCUAUUUGGAUGUCAAUGAGAGCACAGGACAUUUGCAGGAGUUGUGCGGCAAGGCUGAUGUGGUGAUCUCCCUUUUGCCCUACAGUCUGCAUGGGAUGAUUGCACGCUACUGCGUUGCGGAGCGUACUCACAUGGUCACCGCCAGUUAUCUGAAUGAUGAGAUUUCCGCUCUUCACGAGGAGGCACGUGCAAAUGGAGUUACGAUUAUGAAUGAGGUCGGUUUGGAUCCUGGAAUUGAUCAUCUGCUGGCACUCGAGUGCAUACAUGAGGUGCAGGAGAAGGGUGCCGUCGUUGAGUCCUUUGUCAGCUACUGUGGUGGCUUGCCUGCUCCGGAGCAUUCGAAUAAUGCGCUGCGCUACAAGUUCUCUUGGUCUCCGCGUGGCGUGCUGCUCAACACGCUCUCGGCUGCCAAAUAUCUGAGCCAAGGACAGAUUGUGGAAAUCUCCGGUGGCGGUGAACUGAUGUCCACACCUCGCAGUCUUGACUUUUUGCCCGGUUUUGCCCUCGAGGGUUUCCCCAAUCGGGAUUCCACCAAGUACGGUUCACUCUAUGGUUUAGGACGCGAUGUACACACGCUGCUGCGCGGCACCAUACGCUACAAGGGCUUCUCGGAAUCGAUUAAGCCCAUGCAGUUGCUAGGUUUGAUUGAUCCCGAGCCUCAUGCUCUGUUGCAUCCCAGCGGACCGGAAGUUACAUGGCGUCAGCUGGUCACACAUCUGCUGGGAAUGUCCGAUACGAGUAUCUUCUAUGAGAAUCUGAAGCAGAAGCUAGUCGAGCGUCUGGGCGAUGUGGAUGGCAUUGAGAGUCUGGGACUGCUCGAUGAGACGCCUGUGGUGAAGCUGAACUCGCCGCUGGACACGCUGAGUCAUUAUCUUUCCAAGCGCUUGGCAUUCGAACGCGAUGAACGUGAUUUGGUUGUGCUGCGCCAUGAGGUUGGCAUUCGCUGGCCCGACGGUCGUCGCGAGGAGCGUGGCAUCAAUUUUGUGGUCUAUGGGCAGCCGCAGGGUCACUCGGCCAUGGCCAUGACCGUGGGCAAACCUGCCGCAAUUGCAGCCAAAAUGAUACUGGACGGUGAGAUCCAAGAACGCGGUGUGCUGCUGCCCUUCACACCGGACAUCUAUCGCCCCAUGUUGCAGCGUCUGCGCUCCGAGGGUUUGACUGCCACGGAGACAUCCAGAUGGCUCAACUAACUUACCUGAUUUACCUUUCAAAUGCUUUUGUUUGGAUUCUACUUUUGUUUAUUAUUAUUUAUAAACCUAUUUGCUGCCUUGUUGCGUAAAUCAAACAAAAUUUAGAUAAGACUGCACUUUGUUAUCGCGAUGUAAGUACGUAUGAUAUGUACUUAUCAUUAUCAUAUUGGUUGAGGCAGGAAAACGAUUAAAUGAUUGCGUUCAAGUUAUCUACUACGACAUUAUGAUUAAAUGUAACUAAUUUGUUGUUUAUAAACUA